AUGGUCAAAAAAGUUGUUGACUCUCGUGUCCACACUCUCAUUAAAAACUGUGUGCAGACAAAGCACCGUUCUUUCUUUGUUGUUGUUGGUGACAAGGGCAAAGAUCAAGUCGUAAACUUGCACUGGCUUUUGUCUCAAGCUCAAGUCACUUCUCGUCCUUCUGUAUUAUGGUGUUAUAAGAAGGAGUUGGGUUUCACUAGUCAUCGUAAAAAGCGUGAAAACAAAAUCAAGAAUGAUAUCAAGCGUGGUAUCAGAGAUGUCAACAAGGAAGACCCUUUCGAACUUUUUAUCACAGUCACCAACAUUCGAUAUGCUUACUAUAAAGAAACACAAAACAUUCUCGGUAAUACCUAUGGUAUGUGUAUUCUUCAAGAUUUUGAAGCCAUUACACCCAACACUUUGGCUCGUACUAUUGAAACUGUUGAAGGUGGAGGUAUGGUUGUUCUCUUGUUGAAGAGCAUGAACUCUCUUAAACAACUUUACACAAUGACAAUGGAUGUUCAUAGUAGAUACCGUACAGAAGCUCAUAGUGAUAUUAUUGCUCGUUUUAACGAAAGAUUCAUUUUAUCACUUGGAUCUUGUGAAACAUGUUUGGUUGUUGAUGAUGAAUUGAACGUAUUGCCCAUCAGUAUGGGUAAGAACGUUAAGCCUUUAGCUAUCAAACAAUCUGACGAAAAGACACCCGAGGAAAUCGAACUUGCUGAAUUGAAGGAAUCUUUGGCUGAUACAGAACCUGUUGGAUCCCUUGUCAAGGGCACACGUACCAUUGAUCAAGCCAAGGCUGUGUUGACAUUCAUUGAAGCCAUUUCUGAAAAAUCACUUCGAAGCACUGUGACCUUGACUGCUUCUCGUGGUCGUGGUAAGUCUGCUGCUCUUGGUAUUGCCAUGGCAUCUGCUGUUGCCUAUGGCUACUCCAAUAUCUUUGUCACUUCACCUAGCCCUGAAAACUUGAAGACUUUGUUUGAAUUUGUCUUCAAGACAUUUGAUGCACUUGGCUAUGAAGAACAUCUUGAUUACGACAUUGUUCAGUCUACUAACCCUGAUUUCAACAAGGCUAUUGUUCGUGUCAACAUCUUUAAGCAACAUCGCCAAACCAUUCAGUACAUUCAACCUCAAGAUGCUCAUGUCCUUGGUCAAGCUGAACUUGUCGUGAUUGAUGAAGCUGCUGCUAUUCCUUUGCCUUUGGUACGUAAAUUGUUGGGUCCUUAUCUUGUCUUUAUGGCUUCUACCAUCAAUGGUUAUGAAGGUACUGGCCGUUCUCUUUCUCUUAAAUUGAUUCAACAAUUGCGUGAACAAUCCCGUGGUAUUACUGCUAAGGAGGAUGACAAUGAAGGCGUGGUUGUAGGCCGUGAUCUUCAAGCCAAGAAGACAGAAGGUGCUGAUGCAUCCUUGGGUGGCCGCUCCUUGAAGGAAGUCAAGUUGGAUGAACCCAUUCGUUAUGCUCCUAACGAUCCUGUUGAGAAAUGGUUAAAUAAGCUUCUUUGCUUGGAUGCUAGUGUUGUCUCCAAGAACAUCCAAGGUUGCCCUCAUCCUUCUGAAUGUGAACUCUUCUAUGUUAACCGUGACACUCUUUUCUCUUACCACCCUGUAUCCGAGACUUUCUUGCAAAGAAUGAUGUCUCUCUAUGUCGCCAGUCACUACAAGAACUCACCCAAUGAUUUGCAAUUGAUGAGUGAUGCUCCUGCUCACCAUUUGUUUGUCUUGCUUCCUCCUGUGAAUGAAAAGACGACUAGUUUGCCUGAUCCCUUGGUCGUUGUCCAAGUCUGUCUUGAAGGUGAAAUUUCUCGUCAAAGUGUCGUUAACUCUCUUUCUCGAGGUCAACGUCCUGCUGGUGAUAUGAUUCCUUGGCUUAUUUCUCAACAAUACCAAGACGAUGAUUUUGCCAGUCUUUCUGGUGCUCGUAUUGUUCGUAUUGCUACUCAUCCUGAUUAUGCCAAGAUGGGUUAUGGUUCCCGUGCACUUGAACUUUUGACAAACUUCUAUCAAGGCAAGACAAACAGUCUGAACGAAUCUACUAGCCCUGAUUACGACUCUCUCCCUCGUAUGGAAGACGAUGCAUUUGAGAAUGUGGAUAUCAAGACAGAUCAAGUCAAAAUACGUGAUCCUAGCAAGAUGCCUCCUCUUCUUACCAAGAUGAGUGAAAAGCGUGCUCAACGUCUUGAUUAUUUGGGUGUUUCUUAUGGUCUUACACCUGCUCUUCACAAGUUCUGGAAGCGAGCUGGUUUUGUUCCUCUCUACAUGCGUCAAACAGCCAAUGAAUUGACAGGUGAACACUCAUGCGUGAUGAUCAAGGCCUUGACAGACACUGAGGAUUCCCGUGUAGCCAAUGCUGCUUGGUUAGAUGCCUUUGCUCGUGAUUUCUCUAAGCGUUUCCUUAAUCUUUUGUCCUUCAAUUUCCGUGAUUUCACAGCUGUGAAUGCACUUAGUAUCAUUGAUGCUGCUAAACAAGGUCAAGAUAAAGAAGUUGAGAGCGGUCGUGACCUCAACAAGGAAACACUCGGUCUUUUCUUUACACCUUAUGAUUUGAAGCGUCUUGAAUCUUACUCAAACAACAUGCUUGAUUACCAUGUCAUUCUUGAUAUGAUUCCUACCAUUGCUGAACUUUACUUUAGAGGUGAAAUGCCCUCAGACAUCAAGCUUUCCGGUGUUCAAAGUGCCAUUUUGCUUGGUAUUGGUCUUCAAAGAAAACCUAUUGAUGAUCUUCAAAAGGAAUUGUCAUUGGCUAGUAACCAAGUCCUUGCCCUCUUUGUCAAGAUUAUUCGUAAAAUGUCUCAAUACUUUGCACAAGUAGAAGCCAAAGCAUACCAAGAGACUGUGCCUGCUCUUACAAAGAAGUCGAAUGAACCCAAAGAAGGAUCCAAACGUGAUAUUGCUGAUGACGAAGCUUGGAAGCCCUUGAAGGACGAUGUGGAAGCUGAUUUAGAAAAGGCUGGUGAUGAAGUUAUGACUGAAUUGAAGGCCAAGCAAAGAGAAUUGAUUGAUUCGCUUGAUCUGUCGAAGUAUGCUAUUGGUGGUACAGACGAAGAUUGGGCUACUGCAGAAGACAGAGUCAAGGUUAUUUCUUCUGGUAAAAAGGGUGGUGUCAGCUCUGUUGUGAGCAUUAAGAAUGAAAAAUCUUCCAAGAAGAGAAAAUUGGAAAGUGCUCAACAAAUGUCAGAGAAGGAAAAGAACCGUCAAAACGGUAAAGUCAAGUUGUCCAAAAAAGCCAAACGUUCAUAG